GUUUUUAUCAAACUUUCGGUGAUUAUUUAUGCGAUCAAUGGAAAAAUUGUUCAAUUAUUUUUUCGAUAAUUGCUUGUGAUUAUCGUAAUUAAUCCAGAAACACGUUACAAAAAAAGUCGCCUCAAAGAAAUUAAAUUUGCUACAACACUAAAGUACUAAAACUUUAUCUUCAAUAAUUGAUAAACGAAAAAAUAACCAAAUUGCUUCUUAGGUUCUAUAUUUUACAAAUACAUUAUCUAUUCUUCCUUAUCGUUUCUACGUUAACAACAACGUUUUUAUAUUUAAUAUAAAAUUGCAAUGCUAUUUCUCUAAUAGUGAGUCAAAUUCUAAAAUCAACGCUUUUUUACAUAUAUAUAGCCUGCUUAUUUCGAUCUCGCUAAAGAUCUUUUUAUUGAGUAACCACUAUUUCUCCUGACACUUUUGUCCUCAUUAUUAAUAUCACAUCGUUAUUAAUAUCUUUGUAAAGUUGGCCUCUUGUAAAAUUUAUGCUCUUUUCAAUGCUCUUUAUUCGACUUACAGACUUAUUACUGCUUUUAUCUCAAUAUGCCGACUGUUUGGAAUAAAGUAUUUAACAGUUUCUCUUUUCCGGUGCAUUAUUGAGAGCAGCGAUGCAUGGCGUGUGCAUAAAGAUAAAAUCGUGGAACUCAGAUCUGUGUAAUUUAGGCAGAAAGAGACAGAGAGAAGCAAAAUAUUUUUUCAAUGAAGAAGAAACUGACGGUAAAGAGUGUCAAUCAUGAUUAAUCUGACGUGCAAAUUAUUUUUUAAUAUACAUGCGUGCAUUUUUAAAGUAACAGUUGCAGUGGGGCUUGAUGCCCGAAAGGGGUUAUCUUUAUGAUUACCGGCAUGAUUCUCUUUCUCUUUCUCUCCGUAACGUGUAACACCCUUUCGGCGCGAGGUUAUCGGUUUGUCCGCUUUUUUCGCAUUUUACCGGCAAUUAGAGAAUUUUGCGACCUAUAAAAGCGGGAGAAUCCCGCGUUCCCUACCAGUCUUACAUCAGGGGCCACACUAUGAUGAAUGCCCUUACUGUAUUACUGCUGUGCCUAACGGCCGGGUAUGCGUUACCAGUACACUUUCCUGCUGAGAAAACGGUUAUUUACAAUUACUAUGCCGACGUGAAAACUGGGGUUUUUGAACCAACGCAUUAUAUCUCCCAAUUCAGUCUCGCAGGACAACUUCACAUAACGAAGGAUGUCAGUGAUUCGACUUUAAAUAAUGCCUAUUACGUCAAAUUGAACAACGUAAAGUAUGGCAUGUACAAUGGCAUGGUUACCAUGUCUCAGCCGGCCGAAGUUCUUCAUGAACUCGGAGAAGCCGCACAAGAAAUCCAAGAGCCGUUCAUGAUCGUUUACGACGAAUAUGGCAAGUUCCAAGGCAUCAAAAUGCCGGAAACAGAGAGCGGUUGGUCUAGAAACAUCAAGCAAGCUAUUGCCUCGAUGCUGCAAUUGGAUUUAGCUCAUAUACACAUGGAAACUCCGAUGAAACCGCACGCUUUCAUCACGCAGGAGAACACUAUCCACGGUACCUGCCAAGUCGCCUACGAUGUUCACCCGAAGGUCGCAUCAAAUAUGGAAAACGUCAACGUUUUCAUGGUCACUAAAAUGCACGAUAUGAGGAACUGCAGCCACUUCGUUCAGCGCGUCUUCGAUCACAACGAAUGUGAGAAAUGUCAUAUGGAGCCUGUGGAUGACGUGGUUACUUCCGCCAAUAGAGUCUUCGAGAUCAAGCAGCAGGAUAAUGACAUUCUCAUCAAGCGUCUGGUUGCUCACUCAACUAUCGUUUAUUCCCCUUGGAAUAGCCAAUCUGAUACUCACUAUGUCUCGACUAACACUACUUUGGAUCUGCAUUCCGUAGUACAAAUGACGGAAGUUCCUGUGUUGGCUGUGAAUGUUCAGAAUGUGCCUAUUAUUCGUGACAUUACUUUCAACAAACCGAUAGGAAAUUAUGCUUCCCACGCUGCCGAAGAUCUCACUCAUGGUCGACAUAUUGUGAAAUUGGACACGCUCAUCCCUAAACUUAAGAAGAUGUUGGUCGAAGCUGCUGAUUAUCUCGAAGAAAAUCACUUGGAAGCCAAAGAACCCGAAUGGAAGCACGGGCAAACUAUCAACAGGCUGCAGCACACUAUGAGCUACAUGGAUCUGGGUUCGCUGGAGCAAGUUUACAAUGCCAUUCAGGAUCCAAAGACCCCCAAGGAAGUCACGAUGAAGAAUAUCUUCUUGCGAAUGAUUCCAACUGUGGGCACAGCCGCCGCCAGCUAUUUUGUACGAAAUGUUGUCCGUAAGCAUAAAGUCAACGAAGAUACUGCUGUCGCAAUGUUGAUGAAAUUGCCGAUGCAUGUCAAAGUACCAUCUGAAGGAUUACUUCUGGAAAUGGAAGACCUGUUAAAAUUCGGUAGCACUGUAUCACCGCUUGUCAGAAAGACCAGCAUCCUCUCCUUCUCCAUUUUGAUUCGCAAGACGUUCAUGCAUCAGCAGAGCGAUAUCGUCAAUCCUCUUCUGGAAAGAUAUCUUCACCGUUUCCUCGAUCAUCUUAAGAAUGAACAAUCAUACGAUAUGAAAAUGGUAUAUCUGAUGGCAAUAAAGAACGUACAAGUCGGCAAUAUUGAAAAGCUUUUAGAACCAAUUAUCCGUGGCGAACUUAUGAUAUCCGAGAAUCAUCCAUAUCAUAUUCGCGUUCAAGCAAUCUGGGCCAUCAAGAAGGCAGUCGCCGACAAAGUCGAGUACACUCAUAACUUGCUCUGGCCUAUUCUCGUUGAUGUCAGUCAACCACUACCUAUGAGGCUUGUCGCUUAUGAUGUCUUAAUGAGCCAAAUGCCAAACAUGCAACGUAUGAUGAACAUUUACUGGCUCAUGAAUUCUGAGCGGAACAACCAUCUGUACAACUAUCAUCUUACUACCCUAAAAGGACUAGCUAAUUCCGUUGAUCCUUGUCUUAUGCCAGUUCGCGAAAUGGCCAGGAAGAUUUUACGUUUCACAGCAAUCAGACCAGUCACCACUAUGCUUUCGUCUAAACAGUUUGUUGACUAUACAGAUCCUAUAUACGAAUACGGUGAAUCCCUGAAUAUCGCCUGGGUUCUCGACGAAAUGACCGGUAUGCCACAGGCUGGAUACUUCGAAAAGCACAUCUCGGUCUCCCGUAAAUCCGUCGAUAAAAUUGGCAUCUACUGGAAUGUCUAUGGCCUUGAUGAAAUGAUGAAAGUGGUUAAGAAGGAAUUGGUCGGCACCACAGUAGAAAACCUCAACAACAAGAACGUACAGAACAUUUUACUCCGCGCCGCUCAGGACAUGCCAAUGAAGAAACUCAUUCACGUUGACAUCUGCAUCACGCUGAACGGUCUCGUCAUCAUUACACAACACUUGGAUCAAAACACCUUCAAAAAUAUGUUGAACGAAAUGCAUCAGCUAAAACAGAUAAUGACCGCCAAUUUCCAGGAUAUCUUAUACGAGACUCUUUACGAGAUGCAAGUGCCCACUGAUAUGGGUUUGCAGGGAGUUUUUAGUACUAAGAUACCUCAAUUGUGGUCGCUAAAGUUCAACAACGUUUAUACCGAGGUCAAGAAACCGUCGGUGAAUAUGAAGUUCGAUGUCGACGCUCGCAUCUGGAGGCAUGGCGAAUACGCCAUGUCAAUCUAUAACCCGAUUGUCGACGUUUGGCACUCAAUUCGUCGCGCCACUGUCCAGGACACCGUCGUACCUAUGCAGAUGAGCGUCGGUUACAAUCACGAAGCGAAGAGCCUUAAGAUCAGCAUGCCGAGACUGCCGGUCAAUAAACUAUCAGUUACGGGAAUACGGUCCUACGCGAAAAACCUGGUGACCGUCACCGAGGACGAGCAAGAUGUUCUCAAGACCUGCUGCGCUACCUGCCAUCAUCACACAGUCGUCACCACCGGCGAGAAAAAGAAUCAUCACGUCGCUAUGGAUUCUAAAGAUGUAGGCCUCAAAUACAGCAUGUCAAUCUUCGAUUGCGAGAACGAGAUGACCCCGAUGACUAACGCCCAGGAAUGGCAACGUGUGCUCUCCAUGGAACACAAGAACACCUGGAAUUCGAAGCUCCUUCAUUACGUUAUGGCCAUUCGCCAAAAAAUGAUCAACGAGCAGAUAUCAGCGGAAAUAGGCAACUGUGGAGUACUAUGGAAGAUGGAACCCAGCAUCAUUUAUCCUACAUCGCAUGUCGAUUUGAACGUAAAAAUGAAUAUGGAAGAUACCGAUCGCCUUGAUGAAAAGAUUCACGCUCUUAGCAGCAACAAGAUCAACAUACGCGGUACCCUCGAGGCCAAAGCAGCUUCCACAAACGAGUCCGUCCGCUCGUGGGACAUGAAUAUGAACAUUGACAUGUCUUCGGGACACAUAGUCAACAAUUUCAAACUUCAGAUGAUGAGACAGACUCCAGGAGAGAAGAAUUGGAAGAUUUGCGUAGACGCUCAGAAGACCUACCCGGUCGUCGAAACAGAUCCCUUGAAGAUUGACACCACUAAAGAGGAGACCAACAACAAGAUAACCGUCACAGCAGGAUUUACGGAUGAAGAUAAGUGUGUUCGUGACGAUAUGAUGAUCACGAUGACCAUUAAGGGCGAAAUGACAGAAGAACAGAAGAGGCAUCUGAUGCACGAUAACGUACAUGGUGCUUGCACUAAAGAUGUCCAGAACCCGCAAUUCCAAAUCAAACAAGGUCAUGUUGCCAAAACCAUGAAUUGUGUUCGUGAGAUGUUACAAUAAUACACGACUUUGAAGAAAUACACUGUUAACGCAACGUAUAAGAAGGUGCCUGUACAAGUAUUAUCGUACAUCGCCAUGAUUGAAGAUCACAUUCGCGCGUUGCAUUUGCCGUACGUGAAAUAUAUGGUAGAUCGUGUUA